GGAGCGCUUUAACGUGUGGCACCAAUUCAGGAAGCGGUGUGUAUAUUGCUACAACCCAAACCAAAUACGUGAGCCAUUAUUCCCUCAUUAAAAUAAUGACUUGAACGUUUUAAAUAUUUGACGGACAGCAUUGACCAACAGUAGUUUAGAGAGCAACAAUGAGGAUGAGGCUGAAGACCGUAUUUGUGCUGUACUUCAUGGUUUCUCUCCUGGGGCUCAUCUAUGCACUCAUGCAACUCGGUCAACGUUGCGACUGCAGAGAGCACAACCUUCCCAAAGAGCGUGCUAUAUCUCGACUGCGAGGGGAGCUACACCGCCUCCAGGAGCAAAUUAAAUCAGAGGAGACCAAACAAUCCCAAAACCAGCCAGCCAAGGCCUCCAUCCCCACCAUUUUUGUCAUCACUCCCACAUACACCAGGCCGGUGCAAAAGGCCGAGCUGACCCGCUUGUCCCACACGUUCCUACACGUUCCCCAGCUACACUGGGUUGUAGUAGAAGACUCCCAGCACAAGACAUCGCUCGUGCGUGACCUUUUGGCAAAAAGUGGCUUGUCCUACACUCACCUUAAUGUAGUCACCGCAAAAGAGAACAAGCUGCAGGAGGGCGACCCCAGAUGGAAGAAACCUCGUGGGGUGGAACAGAGGAACGAGGCCCUGCGCUGGCUCAGAGAGGGUGCACAGAGCCAGCAGGGGGUGGUUUAUUUUGCUGAUGAUGACAACACAUACAGCCUGCAGCUAUUUGACGAGAUGAGGAACACGCAGCGUGUGUCGGUGUGGCCUGUGGGACUGGUUGGAGGAAUGAAGUACGAGAAGCCUGUGGUGGAAGGAGGAAAGGUGGUGCGCUUUCACACCGGCUGGAAUCCCAGUCGUCCCUUCCCUAUAGACAUGGCCGGGUUUGCCGUGUCCCUUAGACUGGUUUUGGCUAAUCCGGAUUCCAGGUUCGACAGCAUGGCACCCAUAGGCUUUCUGGAGAGCAGUUUCCUGCAGGGCCUUGUCACCAUCGACCAGCUUGAGCCCAAAGCAGACAAGUGUUCCCUCGUGCUGGUGUGGCACACACGGACAGAAAAGCCCAAGAUGAAGCGAGAGGAGGCCCUGCAGGCUCAGGGUCUGGGCUCAGACCCCGACGUGGAGGUCUGAGGAGCACAAUCAUGUACAUUUAAACUGGAUAUUUAUUGUAGGGUUUUUAUUCACUCGGAAGAAAACGAGCAGGUUUAGGGUAACGCUAUCACGCACAAAUUUGGACUUAAAGGGACAUAACUACCUUCAUUCAUCAUUGAAAUGGAUUUAUGAUUAAAACAUUCCUUGGUUUUUGCAUGACACACGCCUGCCUAAAAUACAACUUUUUUACCACUUAGGUUUACAAUACAAGCGCUCAAGAGGUUACAGGAAGGUGAAUGUAUUAGAUUUAUUCAAGGCAAAUGUUUGAAGACACCAAAAAAGGUCCCUCUGUACAGUAUGUUAUGUUAUCGUGGCUGUAGUAUUUGUACCUGACAUUGUACAUUGUUUGUGACAAUAAAGUUUGCCAAACAAUA